GAGCUGUAGGUGGAAGGGGCAGCAGGAGCGCACAGAGUCCCGUCGGUCCCGCGGUGGAGUUGUAAAGGAUGGAGGUCAGACCUGAACGCUUUAAAGCAGCAGCGGCGAAAACACUUGGACGGAUAAACCGGGUUCUAGAGAAGCGUCAGGAGAAUGGAGAGACUAUCGAGUUGUCGGCAGAAGGUCGUCCACAGCUGCAGGAGGAGAAGGAGCUUCCCGUGGUGGACUGUACAUGUUUUGGUCUGCCGCGCCGCUACAUCAUCGCCAUAUUAUCAGGUCUGGGGUUCUGCAUCUCGUUCGGCAUCCGCUGUAAUCUGGGCGUCGCCGUCGUUAGCAUGGUGAACAACCACACCGUCUAUAGAGAAGGCAAGCCGUACGUUGUGAAAGCUCAGUUCUCCUGGGAUCCAGAGACUGUAGGAAUGAUUCAUGGCUCGUUUUUUUGGGGAUAUAUAGUCACUCAGAUUCCUGGAGGUUUCAUAUGUCAGAAAUUUGCAGCUAACAGGGUUUUUGGCUUUGCAGUCGUGGCCACGUCUGUCUUGAAUAUGAUAAUUCCCACAGCAGCACGAUUUCACUUCAGCUGUGUGAUUAUAGUCAGGAUACUACAGGGACUGGUGGAGGGCGUAUCUUACCCAGCAUGCCACGGGAUCUGGGCGAAAUGGGCCCCGCCCCUCGAGAGAAGCAGAUUGGCCACAACAGCGUUCUGUGGCUCGUAUGCAGGAGCUGUGAUAGCCAUGCCGUUAGCUGGAGUUCUGGUUCAGUACUCAGGCUGGUCCUCAGUCUUCUAUGUAUACGGUAGUUUCGGGGUCUGCUGGUAUUUGUUCUGGAUUCUGGUGUCGUAUGAGAGUCCAGCAGCUCAUCCCACCAUCACUCCGGAGGAGAGGAAGUACAUCGAAGACGCCAUCGGAGAAUCGGCUGGACUGAUGAACCCGGUGACGAAGUUCAACACUCCCUGGCGACGGUUCUUCACAUCUAUGCCUGUCUACGCCAUCAUCGUGGCCAAUUUCUGCAGGAGCUGGACCUUUUACCUGCUGCUCAUCAGUCAGCCGGCGUAUUUCGAGGAGGUGUUUAAGUUUGAGAUCAGCAAGGUGGGGAUCCUCUCGGCUCUUCCUCAUCUGGUGAUGACCAUCGUGGUGCCGAUCGGAGGACAGCUGGCUGAUUACCUGAGGAGUCACAACAUCAUGACCACCACCAACGUCAGGAAACUCAUGAACUGUGGAGGUUUCGGGUUGGAGGCCACAUUUCUUCUGGUUGUGGGUUUCUCUCACACUAAGGGUGUCGCCAUCUCUUUUCUGGUCCUUGCUGUUGGAUUCAGUGGUUUUGCUAUCUCAGGGUUCAAUGUCAAUCAUCUGGACAUCGCUCCACGUUACGCCAGUAUUCUGAUGGGCAUCUCUAACGGUGUCGGGACGCUCUCUGGCAUGGUGUGUCCUCUGAUCGUCGGUGCCAUGACCAAAAACAAGACGCGGGAGGAGUGGCAGUAUGUGUUUCUCAUUGCAUCACUUGUUCAUUAUGGUGGAGUUAUCUUCUACGGCAUCUUUGCGUCAGGAGAGAAGCAGCCGUGGGCGGAGCCAGAGAACAUGAGCGAGGACAAAUGUGGAAUACUAGGAGAAGACGAGCUGGCGAAUGAAACGGAGGAGCUGUACCGCUCAGUGGGUGGCGGCUACGGAGCGACCGUCCAAUCAGGUGACCCCAAUGGGGCGGGGACUGGAGGGGGCGGAGCUGGUGGAAGCUGGGUCUCAGACUGGGACAAAACAGAGGAAUACGUCCAACCUGUGGGAACGAACAGCUUCCUGUACGGAGGAGAGGGCAAUGAACGGAUGAUUGUGAGGCUCAGAGAUCAACAGUAAAGCUGGAUGGGAACGGGAGGGGGAAAAUAAGGACUGAAUAUUCCUCCCCUACAGAAACUGACUGGGACGGAGGAAGUGGUUUUGACCCAAAUCUAGAAAAGUAACAUAAUUAACAUCAAAUCUUGAGUGUGUGCAUGUGGACAUUGGGUACAAAAUCCUGAAAUGUGACCAGUCAAGUGUUUGGACAUUCAAAACACCAUUUUAAUCCUCGUGUCCAAACGUUUGACUCCCUGGUCGUGUAUUUCAGCAAUUAAACUGAUCAUCAAGAGUUCAAAAAGUAUUACUCUUAUGAAAUAUUCAGCCUAAAUUGUGAGAGAAAAUUGUAAGAGGUGGUUCUUACAAAUGAAAUCCUCUUUUGUUGAACAACUAAAGUAUAAUUUCAAUUCAAAAACAAAACCAGAUUUAGGGAAUUGAUCUCAUGUGCCAAUACUGUGAGGUGUGUGUAGUAUCAGUCCCUUUUCAAUGAGAAUCUCCUUUAAAAUACACAUUUAAAGACUAGCCAUGUCAACUAUUUGGUUGAGCUUAUACUGUAGAAGCAUUCACAUACUUAGUUUUUGGUAGUGAAUUCUCUUUAGCCAUUCAUUUUUUAUAUAUUUAAUCCAUAACCAUAUAGUUAAGUUGUAUUAAUUUAUUCUUUUGAAGGAAUACUCAGCAUUCAAUAAAAGUUCAUCUCUGUUAGCAGCAUUUGUGGCACAGAAAAUAAUUUUUUCCUCAAACUGUAUUUUUCUUUAUUUAUUGGCAAAAUAAUUUUCUGUGGCAAUUAACAUUAUCACUCAAAUGCUGACACUAGAGCUUUGUUUUUAUUGAAACUGAAAAAUGUCUUUAAUUUGUAAUUUAUUCAAACGUCAUGUUCAGCCUUUAUUAAUUUUUUUGUUCUAAGUCCGACGAAAACGAUGCCAAGCGCUGACCGUUUGCGUGAAGGGCUUCCACUCAACCAGAAAAACAUGAUAUCGAAAGAUCUCUAGUAGAAACACAUUUGUUUCUGUUUCACCAUUUAGCUGUUUAAUCUCACAUAUAGAUUAAAGCAGAACCAUAAAAUGGUAGUUGAGAAGAUUAGAUGAUUUAAAAAGAAAUAACACGGUUUAACUCAAAUUAAAGUCAGCUGUUAUUCAGCACUUUCUCUCUCUCCAGCAUGGCACGUGACAUUUUCAAUAUACUCUCAUGUACUCGCACACAUAGGUAGUUCACACAAAAAUGAAAGCUUUGUCAUCAUUUGCUAACCCUCACAGACAUUUAUGACUUUAUUCUGUGUAAGAAUCUGUGGCACUUUGCAUAAGGGGAAUCUUAUGACAAACUGUAAUUUCUCAUCCCUUAAUUUACCAAAAAUAAUCUGAAAUUAAAUUUUGCACAAAGAAAGUUAAUAGAAGUAUUUUCUAAAAAUAA